CACAGAGGUGCGACCGGGUCCCGGGCUGAGUCGCCGCCACCCGCAGGUCUGAGCUGCGGGCUGAGGCGGCGCCGCCGCUGCUGCAGGGUGCGCGAUGCCUUGAACCUGGGAAACUAUGUGAAGCAACACUCUUUCUCGAUUUUGAAAGACAUCGUUUCAUCAUGGGACAGCAAAUUUCGGAUCAGACACAGUUGGUUAUUAACAAGUUACCAGAAAAAGUAGCAAAACAUGUUACAUUGGUUCGAGAGAGUGGCUCCUUAACUUAUGAAGAAUUUCUUGGGAGAGUAGCUGAGCUUAAUGAUGUACUGAGUCUCACUGUCACCCAGGCUGGAGUGCAAUGGCGUGAUCUUGGCUCACUACAACCUCCGCCUGUCGUGUUCAAGCAAUGCUCCUGCCUCAGCCUCCUGAGUAGCUGGGAUUACAGAACGGCUAAAGUGGCUUCUGGCCAGGAAAAACAUCUUCUCUUUGAGGUACAACCUGGGUCUGAUUCCUCUGCUUUUUGGAAAGUGGUUGUACGGGUGGUCUGUACCAAGAUUAACAAAAGCAGUGGCAUUGUGGAGGCAUCACGGAUCAUGAAUUUAUACCAGUUUAUUCAACUUUAUAAAGAUAUCACAAGUCAAGCAGCAGGAGUAUUGGCACAGAGCUCCACCUCUGAAGAACCUGAUGAAAACUCAUCCUCUGUAACAUCUUGUCAGGCUAGUCUUUGGAUGGGAAGGGUGAAGCAGCUGACCGAUGAGGAGGAGUGUUGUAUUUGUAUGGACGGGCGGGCUGACCUCAUCCUGCCUUGUGCUCACAGCUUUUGUCAGAAGUGUAUUGAUAAAUGGAGUGAUCGACACAGGAAUUGCCCUAUUUGUCGCCUACAGAUGACUGGAGCAAAUGAAUCCUGGGUGGUAUCAGAUGCACCCACUGAAGAUGAUAUGGCUAACUAUAUUCUUAACAUGGCUGAUGAGGCAGGCCAGCCCCACAGGCCAUGAUCUUGAAUUGAAAGUCUUCUGUUGCUAUUGUGGGCUCAAAUAUUUGGUCGUGGGGGAAGAAUGUAGGGUUGUGGCACAGACACAGAAAAAUCCAUUUUCCCCACUCUUAUUUUUGCUAUUCUGAUCAUUUGUCCCCCUUUUAAAAAUAAACUUCCCAUGUCUUCCA